AUGACGUCGUGCGCCGGGAAUAUGAGCUACGGAGGAGGUUACACCGACGCCACGGGUCUGCCCAUGCCACUCAACUCCACCUUGCCUAGGAACUUUAGCUCCACCUCCUCCUCCUCCUCAAGGUCCUCCAUGAUGAUCACCAACGACGACUUCCGGGAGCUGAUGCGAGCUGCCUCUAAAAGGACCCUCGAGGAUAAUUUUGGGAUAGAGUCACCACAGCAGCGGUUCUCUCCCGCCGGCAUGGUCGGAGCAGCGCCGUCCAACGGAAUGGGAAUGGUACCGAGGAGUCGGUCUCAUACCGUCGGCAUCGCCAGGAUUGACGAGGACAAGCCUUGCGACUUCGCCGAAGAUAACAACAGCCUCAACACUACUACCAAUCUCUUCUACCCAAGAAGCAGAAGCUGCGCUACUGUCACAAAGAGACCUGUUCUCUCCCGCCACUACUAG